AAAAGAAUGAAACUAAAACUGAGAGUGGGAUGAUUGCAAGCCAACCAAAACUUGAAGAAAAAGGUUGUCUUGUCUAUUGGGAGAAACUGAGUUACUGAAGUUAUUUAACCUGUCUCCACAUAGAUUUAGAAUCAGUAAUUUUGUUGGUGGUAUAAAGAUGGAAGCAGAGAACGAAAUUAGGAGGGAAAAAUAUGUGGCUGAUAUUUCCUCCAUAAGAGAGGCUGAAGUACGCAUCAAGUCAUUCAUUCACAAAACUCCAGUUCUUUCCUCUGAAUCUCUGAAUGCUGUUUCAGGGAGACAGUUAUUUUUUAAAUGUGAAUGUUUCCAAAAGGGUGGAGCUUUCAAAUUCAGAGGUGCCUGCAAUGCUGUUUUUUCUCUUGAUAAUGAUGAAGCUGCUAAAGGGGUAGUAACACACAGCAGUGGUAACCAUGCUGCAGCAUUGUCUUUGGCUGCGAAACUACGGGGAAUCCCUGCGUAUAUUGUUAUUCCAAAUGGUGCUCCAAAAUGCAAAGUUGAGAAUGUCAUACGUUACGGUGGUCAGGUUAUCUGGAGUGAAGCCACAAUGCAGUCAAGGGAGAGUGUUGCAAGUAAGGUGUUGCAAGAAACUGGUGCAGUUCUUGUACAUCCAUAUAAUGAUUGGCGCAUUAUAAGUGGGCAGGGUACCAUAUCAUUGGAGUUUCUGGAGCAAGCCCCUCAAAUAGACACUCUAAUAGUUCCAAUAAGUGGAGGUGGUUUGAUAUCAGGGGUGGCAUUGGCUGCCAAGUCCAUCAACCCGGCCAUUCGAGUUUUGGCUGCAGAACCUAGGGGAGCUGAUGAUGCAGCUCGAUCCAAAGCAGCUGGCAGGAUAAUAACAUUGCCUGAGACCAACACUGUAGCUGAUGGGCUUCGAGCUUUUCUUGGCGAUUUUACCUGGCCCAUAGUGCGAGAUCUUGUUGAAGACAUCAUAACUGUGGAGGACAAUGAGAUAAUAGAAGCCAUGAAACUUUGUUACGAGAUAUUGAAGGUUGUAGUAGAACCUAGUGGAGUGAUAGGCCUUGCCGCUGUUUUAUCUGAUAGUUUCAAGAACAAUCCUGCUUUGAAGAAUUGCAGCAACAUAGGAAUUAUACUUUCAGGAGGUAAUGUUGAUCUGGGAAGACUAUGGGAUUCAUAUAGAAAAUGAAAGUCAUAUUCUAAUUUGGACUAACUCUUUCCCUAGAAACUUAUGUUUACCCUCUUGAUGAUGUAAUGAAAUUUAUGUUAACUUGUUAUGUAAUAUGUACUAUACACACCGGUGUCAUGAAAUAACCUCUGCAUUUACUUUCUUUUU